UAUAUAUAUAUAUAUAAUGAUAUCAUGUAAUGAUUUUUCACGUUCGAAAAGAUAACGUCAUAAGGUCACUGCCAUGACGAGCUCCGAAGCUCGAGAGAGUCUAUUAUUAAUUCCUAAUAAAAAGUCGACAGAGUGAAAGACUUAGUGAUCGUAAGUGUGUCAACUGAUCUACGCCUAUGUAGGAGCGAUUCAUCGCGGUUCUAAUAAUACGCUCGAAUCUCGGUUCUUUCCUGUUCAUGGCUUGCGCGAAAAAUGCAAUUGAAAAACCUCGACGACGUCGAACUUGGCGAUCAUACAGACUACAAAUGACAAAAAUAAAUAGUCAAUAAUCUACUUCGAUUGCUCUUUGAUUCGCGGGUCAUUGUCGACGAAAUCUAAAAGAGAAGCAUGCUUUAAUACCAGAGUGGUCAGUAUGAUGAAUUCAAAAUAUUUCGGACGAAAUUUCCUAGCUUCUUCUGCUGCGGUACAAAUUUUAUACGCAAGCCAUCGGUAGUUUUGGUGUUAAAUAAAAGAAAAAACGAAACAACUUCCCCUUUCGUUUACUUGUAAGAAAAAUACCUACUCGAUGUACAGAUUGGAUAUUUUCGAGCGAGACAUGUUUUCUGUGUAAUUAAUCGUCGUUUGGAUGGAGAGAGAAUGGUUUACCAAAUGAAAAAUGGAUAUAAAAUAAUACUACACGUGAAGAUUAUAUUCACAGGUUCGCUAAAAUAUUUGAAUAUCUGUACUAUAAUUUUUUAUAAAUAUAUUACGUGUGAAAUUUUGAAAUUUCAUUAGUAUCGUAACGAAACUAUCAUGAUCAAAUCGGACCAUUACUCGUACUAUUUGCUAACUAUUUACCAAGUUAACAUUUUGUCACCUGUCUUAUAAUUUUCAUACACUUCCUUAACUUCUAUAUUUUCAGAUUAUUAUUCAAAUUAUUAUUCAAAUUAUCCAGAUUUGACUAACAUAAUCGUGACAGAUAUGUUUCACUACUGAUACUAAUAAAAUUUCAAAAUGUUUUUGUACAAUAUACAUCAGUGUUCAAACAUUACUUUCGUAAGUCGAUAAUAUGACGAUAAGAAUGAAUUCCAAAAUUUUUUUGAAAUUGAAACAAUCAACCAGUGUGUUUUGUUUUUCUUUUUUAACGUUCAAGCGACGUUUAUUUCGCAAUCGAGGCCAAGAAUUUUGGCACUCGAAGCAUUUUGCAGCGAGUGCCAGUGUCAGACUAACAGAUUCCCGACAAGAUAACAGAUGUCAACGUCAAUUAAAACAUUUCUUUCGAGUGUUCACGCUGCUGAAAAAUGAACGCAGUUCAAUCUUUCCUUUUCUCCGCGCGACGUAAACGCUCGUCAACCGUACGUACGCUUAUGUUUAAUCGCACGAAUUUGAUAGCUCCUAUCAUUGUCAUAAGCUUUUUCGCCUGAUAAGUUGUAAGUAAAUGCAUCCGGUGAAUCUAAUACUCGUCCCAGUGAUGUAUCUACUGUGUCGUAUUGCCUCGUAGUUGUCUACGUAAUGACAUUAUAUUGUUGCUGUACGAUACAGAACAUGCUGCAAUCUAUUUCUAUUACAAAAAUAUCUUCAAUAAUAUCUCGUCAGACGUAUUUUGUUUCGCGACGAUAAUUAUUGACUCGAGCAGUUCGAUAGAAAGUAGUUCGAGAGCAGAUUUGUUUUUAUAUAUUUUUCAUUUACAUUUAUUUUGUUCGCAGAUUAUGAAGUAAAUUUCAAAAUCUUCGUAUAGUGAUACAUUUUAAACAAAGAUUCUUUUUUAUUUCAAAGCGAAAAUUUUUAAUUUUAAAAUUACUUGAUUCCAGACACACGUGCAAUGUGGAAACGCAGUAACACCGGUGAAUAUCGGUAAUUACAAAUCUCUUUUACAAAUAUUUAAAAUAACCAUUCAACGAAUCGCAAACAAGUUUCCAACACUAUCGAUACAAGUUGACACAAAAUUCCUCUAAAAUUAAACUUUCUAUUUAAAAACUAAGACUGUAAAAAACUGUAUUUAUAUACAGAAAGAAAAAAAAAAGUAUUCAGAACAAAGGAAACAAAAGAAUAUUUUGAAAAUUCUUAAAAGGACUAUAAACUAAUAUGGAGUAACAAUGCAUCGUUUAGAAAAUGAGGAAAAUCCUACAGGUGAAUCAAUGGAAUAUCAUUAUUGAACUAUGGUUUUUUAUGCAUUUAUAGGGAAUUGUAAAGUACAAAAUUGUACUUUAAAAAACAGUGCAAUAUAGAAAAGUUUAUAAAAUAUCCAAAAUACUUUCUACGAUAUAUUAGUACAUGAAACAAUUUUUUUAUUUUCGAGAUUCCAUUUUUUUUUUCUUUAUUAUAUUCUGAAAAAUAUAAAUUUGCAUAAAAACCCGAAGUCUAAUCAUGGUAGUACACACAAGGCGAUAGCCAUCGACAUCAUGCGUAACACCGCUACGUACAUACAUACCUGUUUAGAAACUUGCUUAUCGAGAUACGUGGCCGAGGAAACGGCCGUCGAUCGUCAGUCGCUCGCACACGAUCAUACAAAGACCUUCGAUCGCAGGAACGUUGAAAAAUGUGCGUUGGAGUCGCGUUACUAAUGAAUUAACGGCGAAGCUGGAGAGAUUGAUAAGUGGAAAGUGUAAUCGAUUCGAGUCGACGUGAUCGAAAUGUCGUUCCUAGUGUUAUAGAUAUUUUUCCUGAGAAAUCUGCAAUUUAGGUCUCUGAUGUUAUCUACCAUGUAAAUACGACGAAAGUGACUGCAAGUAUGACAGUGUCAUCAGAAAGUUUUAGCGAUAAGAGCUUGUGGACAAUUUCAUGAUUGAUUACACGAGGGAAUAAUGAGAGAGAACGUGGAACUGUGAGUGACUGUUGAUUGAUUCUAAAAUUAGAAGAGGCGAGACUGUUAAUUGGAUUUACAACGCGAUCGACUUUACAGCGAAUACAAUAAUCAGUUGAGGAAACAUGUCCACCGAUGAAGAUAACGAUGGAAGGAAAAUGAAAGUCAUGGAUCCUCUUUUGGAGGCGCUUGAUAAGCUCGGAUAUGGAUCCAACUUUCUAUGGAUAAUAUUCAUUUUCACACUGACACCGACGGUAUUCAAUGGAAUGCACUCCAUGUCUUAUAUCUUUAUCGCUGAUAUUCCCACACAUUGGUGCGCGAUACCAAGUCUGACUGCCGCGAAUUGGACGGACGAGGAGAUAAGAAACAUCUCGUCAUCCAGUCCAUGCACUAUGUACAAUUAUAAUUACGAAAAUUUUGCGUACAUUGGAUUCGAGAAGGCGUUAGAGUAUAAAAUUUCCAAUCCUCUACCUGAAUCGAGUUUCUGUGACGUAAGGAAUUUCGCAAAUGACACCGAUGGAACUUCUCUCGUGCAAGACUGGGAUUUGGUAUGCGACAAGAGCGCGGCACGUUCGAGCACCCACAUGGCACUGUCUCUCGGAAAGUUAUUAGGCAGCGCUUUUUUCGGGGUUUUCGCGGAUAAAUAUGGCCGCAAAAUCUGUUACGUUGUUGGAAUAAUAAUGUUAAUCACUUCUGGUCCAGCUGGUGCCAUCGUGCCCUGGUACUGGGGCUUCAUGAUCUCAAGAUUAAUUAACGGUGCUAGUCACGCAGCCAUACAGUAUUCAUCUUUCACAACACUUACAGAGGUAGCGAAUGAAAAACACAGACAGUGGAUGGGAAUCGCUUACAACAUCGGCUACGCCUCAGGAACGGUUAUUGUGCCAGGUGUAGCUUAUUUGCUACACGAAUGGAGACACAUUCAAUUAGCGAUAUCUCUACCAGCUCUUCUUUUGCUAAUACACUUAUGGUUAGUCUGCUCUUGCGUAACGUUCAUGCCAGAAUCUCCACGAUGGCUGAUAGCUCACAAUCGUCGAGAAGAGGCGAAAAGUUUAAUCAACAAGGCGUCUAAGGGAAGUCCUGAUAUAACGAUGACCACGUCAGUCGCGUCAUCAACUACAGAGGAUGAACAGACGAAACAAGAAUCGAAAAAUAUUAAAGAUGGAUUACACGAAGAUAUCAGAGGGUUUUGGGUGGUUGUCAGCAACAGCGAAUUACGAAAGAGACUUCUUAUCACGAAUUUUACCUGGAUGAUAGCUUCUCUGACUUACUAUGCGCUAGCGUUAAAUGUGAACAAUUUCUCCACAAACCGGUACAUUUACGUGUCAGUAAUGGGUCUGACUGAAAUACCAGCUUAUUUAAUACCAACGCCGAUCCUGAUGGUUAUGGGACGACGUACAGGAAGCGGAAGUUUGUACAUCAUAGCUGCGUUGUGUUUGCUCUGCAUUCUUGUAAUUCCAACGACCGACAGCGACACGAUUAUGAUCGUAUCCUUAAUUGGAAGGUUCAGCGCGUCAGCUGCUUAUGGCAUCGUCAUUUUGUACAGCUCAGAGCUUUUUCCUACGGUCUGCAGAAAUUCCGCGGUCGGUACGAAUUCCGCGAUGUCUCACGUCGGAAGUGUGGCCGCCCCUUACGUGGCCGAUUUACUGGGAGCUGUCGUGUGGUGGGGACCAACCACUCUUUGCGGUGGUUUAGCUCUAAUAGCGGGUUUAUUGUGCCUGGUAUUGCCGGAAACUCGCGGCAGACCGCUGGCGAACACCGUCGAUGAGGAAAUUACCGAGGAACGAGACAACGUGUCGUUCUACAAUGGCUACAAGUGUAUAAAAGACAUGGUGUUGUGCGUAGGGUCGGGUCGCAAAUCGCAGCUGACAAGCGCGAUCAUCUCUUAGAUGUUCUUCAGACACUAUUCAUCUAGCAAUCCUCACGAAAGGAACGUAAGAUCUCUUUUUCGUAUACAAGACUCGUUCCUCAAGUGAGACUAGAUUUUUUUAAUAAAAAGUUUAUUUGUAUUUUAACAAAGUUAUUAUAUAUCAAUGUGACCAAUUUCUUGUUGCAAGUAUCGAUGAGACGAUAAUUUCGUUCCUUGACAAUGUGUUCUUACAUACGUGUAUAGUAGUUCACGAAAGAUGUUUCAUUAUAUGUAAUGUUAGCAUUGUAGCGAGAUUUGAGUAUCACGAUUACAUUUGACAAACAAAUCUAAAAAUGUACUAUAUGUAGAAUAUAUUAGAUACUUAAUGCAAGCACAUAUUUUGUGUGAAGAUCAUAAAAAUAUUACAACAAACAAUGAGCCUUAAUAUUCAGCAUAAAUCAUAUGCAAUUUUGUAGCAUAAAUCAAUGCUACAAAAAUUAUUAUGAAUAUUGACUAUAUAUUAAUUUUUAUUAUUAAUAUAUAGUUAAUAUUUAUAAUGAUUUGAUAUUUUAAAUAUUAAAUUUAAUUUUAAUUUAACAUUAGACUUAAAUUGAAUAUUUAAUAUUUAAUAUUAAAUUAUUAUAAAUAUUAACUUCUAGAUUAAUUUCUUAUUAAAUCGAAUAUUUGUAACUGUUUUAUACAUUUUCAGAUUGGUUUUAUCAAUGUAGCCAUGACAAUCUUGUUACAAUGUUAAUGAAAUGCCAGUAUACUUCUCUAGCUACGUUCUACACUGUUUUUAUACAAGUAUUUGAUAUUAUCAACAGAUGUGUUUUCUAUUAUAAUAUCUACGAUUCGAAACGUGGAGAGCUCGACGAUGACUCAAGCGUACAGCUGUUAUACCAAAGCCUAUUUGUUUAAUGAAUAUUAAUGUCGAAAUAGAAAUACAUGCGUUCUGAUUUACAA